UCGACGCCCUCUAGUGACCACAACAUGUCAACCCAACACACAAUUCAGAGGGUUGAAACAUCUAAAACCUCCAAAAGGUCUGGUUUGCUCAUCCAACAGGGACAAAAAUGACAAAAAUAACCACUUAUUCUGGUCCAAUCAGGGGAUAUUGCAGGUAAAAAUAAUUUUAAAAUGUACCAGCAGGAUUUCCUGAAGUUGCUGUAAACGUUGGUCAAACAGAAGCAGAAGGAGCUGCUUGCUAUGGGAAAGUCCUCCCUGGUCAUUUAUAGCCCCUUAAUUACGAGCCUAUUUCGUGACCUCUGGGGUUCAGCGGGGCCAAUUCCUGUGCAGACCCAAAUCCUGAUGAACAAAGGUGGAAUGCUCCAAACGAUUCCCAUCAGUUUCAUGGGAAAGUUCGUGCUGAAGCUCUCUCUCCUGAUUCUGACAGCGCAUUGAAACCAUUAGUCUGCUGCUGAUGAUGAAAGCAGCUUUGAGUUGCCGUUUCUUUCUGCUGAAAGUUCUUCAAACGUCGUUUCUUUUCCUGAAACACCGGAGCUUUAGGACCCUGCUGAUGCGUGUCGUAGCGGCUGAUAUCCCCCCCACCAUCCCCAAACCCCCGGGCUGUCAAUCAGAGUGAAAGUGGCCGGGGUGGGCAGGCCUCUCUGACACUUUGUACCGGCGGAGGCGGAUAUUUAACUUGGGACUGCGCUCCUCUCGCUGCAGACACACACUCCUCUCGCACACAGUGAAAAGCUCCGGCGCAAAGACUCCUGCAGAAACCCGGUAGGAGCUUCUGUAAGCGGCAGCAGAGAGCAGAGGCGCCAGGAGGAAGGGGGAGUGCAGGUCCCGCAGGAACCCGAAGCGCUCCAGAUUGUUGUGGAUUGUCUCGUCAUGAGUUGCAAUUGUUGCUUUUUCUCAGAGGACUCAGCAAUGCUGCAUUCAGACAAACUCUGAACUCUCAUUUUCAAGAUUUUUGUUUGUUUUUUCACCUGAAACCAGAAAUAAUAAUAAUAAUAAUAAUCUACGAGUUGGAACAUCCUCUGGAAAUAUGAAUGGAUCUUAUUUGUUGAGCUGAGAUUGCGGACAGUGAGUGCAGGGAGGAACCCCGCAAUCAAACACCGCAUGUUCGCGGGACUGCGCGCGCUGCUCCGGGACUAUUUGGCAAACAUCGGCGCGUCAGGCGACGUGAAGCGCGAGCCGUGCGUAAAAAUAACACCCAUCUCCAGCUGGUGACAGUCAAAAGUUGGAUUUUGCUCCUCAUUCAUUCCAUGUUGCUCUCCUCUCGGCCGCUGUCAUCGCCGUUGCUUCCAGUGGCCCCCUCACCCCCACCCCACCCCCCAAAAAGGGUAACCAUGACAACCCGGAGAAACCCAAAGUGAAUCCAGGGAGCGGGGUGAGGCAGGAGCCAGUUUGAAUACUGAAGUUUUUGCGCUUUUUUGUGCAAAUCUGAGCUUCAUGUCAUCCAAACACAACCGCCUCUAGCUUUGGACUGAACUUAUGAAGCCUUGCCUUGCAGACAACUGAUUAAUUAUUGCCCCCGCCCCACCCCCUUCCCUUCCCCUCACCCAAAAUAGAGAAGAACCGGCACCAAGGAGGGAAUAAUGGGCCUCUCACCGACGCUCCUGGUUUACGCUCUGGUGUGCGUUCACCUCGGAGUCUCCCAGCAUUUCUUCCGCCUCCGUCCGCUGCCCAGCGAGCACCUCCCCGUCCCCGACCUGAAGGAGGACCCGGACCCGGAGUACGACCCCCGGGAGCAGGACUUGGCCGAGAAGCCGCUGCGGAAGAAGCUGGGCAGCCACUUCGACCCCAACUUCAUGGCCAUCAGCGCGCCGCUGCCGGUCAACCUCACCUCCCCGGACGGCCAGUGGAAGCCGCCGGGCCACAUGCCCAACGAGAUUAAAAAGCUGGACCUCACGGAGACACCCUACGGGAAGCGGUUAAAAGUGGGCAAGAAAGCGCGGAGGAAAUUCCUGCAGCUUCUGUGGACCUACACGUACUGCCCCGUGGUGUACACCUGGAAGGACCUGGGCGUGAGGUUCUGGCCGCGCUACAUCAAGGAGGGGAACUGCUCCUCCGAGCGAUCCUGCUCCUUCCCGGAGGGCAUGUCCUGCAAGCCCGUCAAGUCCAUCAGCAAGACGUUCCUGCGGUGGUACUGCCAGGGCUUUCUAAGACAGAAAUACUGUACGUGGAUACAGGUGCAAUACCCAAUCAUCUCAGAGUGCAAGUGUUCGUGCUGAGUUUACUCCAAGGAAGCGGACUGGAAAUACAGUUUCAAUUGCACUGUUAACUCUCUACAGAGGUGGGCACCAUAGCAGAUCUAUUUUUUUAUAUGGCAUUUAAGUGAAAUACCAACAAUGUACAUAUUUAAGGGAGAGAAAAAAAUGCAGCUAUUUUUUCUAACUGAACUUGGACCAUAUUCAAACAUUGUUUGUUGUUUUUUUUUUCCUCCAGGAGCACUUCACGAGGAAGAGCUUUUUUAUAUAAAUCUAUUUUUAUGAGACAUUGAUGAAGGAAUUCAUAAUAUGCUACACUUCUCCAAGAGGUGACCUUUUUUUCCGUCAACUGAACAAUGAUGCUGUUUGUUAUUUCAUUGCAAUGCUGCCUAGAGUUUUUGUAAAAUAUUAAUAUCAAUAUUAAUUAAACUGUAAAAAAGUUGAGGUUAAAGAUAUAUAAAUAUAUAUAUAUAUAAAUAUAUAUAUAAAGGCGUGAACUCAGCUUUUCUUUUUUUGAAUACUUAGUAUUGUAGGAAUAAGCAAAUCUGUAUGUUUUAUUUAUUAUUUUAACGAUUUGUGAGUAUAGAGCAUAAGGAAAGAAAAUAGCAGAAUAUUACCAGAAGAAAAAUAUGGAAGAUGUCUACUUGAAUAUUUCUAAAAGUGACAAAAAAAAAAAGAAAUAAAGAAAAAAGUAAGGCAUAUCAGUGUAUAUGUUAUGGUUACACGUGUUAGCAAUAAAGUCUAUCUUUUCAACGUG